AUGGUUACGUGUUUAUGUUCUCAGGACCCUGAUGAGCCCGACUGGUUAAAAGAUUGUCAUUCUCCAUUAUGGUCACCAAGUUAUGAGCCAAACUACGGCAGUUAUGUGGAGGAAGUUAAAAAUACUGAACCUCCUGACUACAUCAAGGAACUGGCCUCUUCUGAUGGUAUGUUUAUUCCAUUUUUCUCAUUACAGGAAUUAAAUCCUUCCUUUUCCUGAAUUGAUUUUUUUCCUAUGGGAGGUGGAAGCAGUCACGGGCAAUUUCCUCCAUAUUUUAUAACUACCUCAUCGGUCAAGAAAAAAUUGACGAUUUUCCACAAUAUGACAGCUCUGUUAAUCUCAAAUGUUAUUAAGGCGCUAGUGACAGACCUCUCCUCCUUACCCUGCCCCUACUGGAAAAUAAUGUUUACCCAGGCCAGCUAUUUCUUAUGUCUAAGCCGAUGAGUUUGUGCUAAAUAAUUUGUGAAAAUGGUAUUUAUGAAGCAUAUGAAGUGGACGGUUGUUCAGUAUCAAUAUUUCCUCAUAGUUAUUUUAAUAAUUGUUGGAAAAUACUUCUUGCGAUAUUCAAUUAAUCGAUUGCUCAUUUCGUUUUUUGCUUCAAUUUUAGCUGAUCUUGCGAAAUACGAGAUAGGAAAACUCCUUGGAUCUGGUUCAUUUGGCCAAGUAGUUGCUGCGACUCGCAAGUCGGAUGAUAAACCAGUAUGUGUCUUAGUGUCUGAGUAUUGAAUUUAAGCUAAGAAUAAAGUUAUCUUUCAGCGUGAAAUGAGAAAAAAAUGAGUUUCAAGAAGAUUUCUUAUCUCAGGGCAAAUGAUCGAACUCAAAGUUUGGCUUGGUUUAGUUCCUUGUGUUCUUAGGCGAGAAAGUUUAGUUUUACCGGAGUCUCGUCUCGCUAACUUAAAAGCAAUAUUUGAAACUAGCAAUCUAACAUAACUGCGCUGUUUUAGUAAGGAAGGAAUGAGAAGGGAGGAGGAGUAUGAGCUCAGGGAGGUUGGGGUCGAGAUUACAUCGCGCAUGCGUGAGGUUAAUAGCUUAUAACAUACAAAAAUAUAAAAAUAGACAAAACUUAACGUAAAUCGUUCUCCAUAGGUGGCGCUUAAGUUUGUAAAGAGAAGUUCAGUGCAAGAGUUUAAAAAGGUUGGUGAAAGCUAAGUUUAUGUAAGAGAGUUUAUAUUAGUAUCUUCAUUUACGCCACGAAACAACGUGGAUCACAGAAAUAACAAUGACAAUAACAAUCUUAUUGUGUAGUAUCCAGUGAAUAACUUCAGCGACUAUGACUGUCAUGUCUAAGAGAUAAUUUUGAAAAAAAGAAAUUAACUGAUUUAAGACCUAAAACAUCUUUGCAUUCUGUGCAUGUUACAAGCAGGUUGGGAUUGACUGGAAAUGUUUGAGCACUUUAAAUAUUGGAUUGCAAUGAUUUAGUUAGCGUACUCUUUCGCCGGAAAUUUCUUUCAUAGAGCUGCUCAUUUCUUGCGAGAAUUUGUCUUCCCCUACUAACGAGUUGCAUUGAUAAGAAUAAGCAUUUAAUUUAUCUUGAUCGGGAAUCAAAAAUUGGUCUCGGCCGCGGACUGUCACGGAAACCACCGCAUUCUAUGAAAGAUGCGAUUAGAAAGUUUAUUUAGUCUUUGAUGGUGCUGUAUCAAAAUAUAUCACAGCUGCUUAGUCCAAACAAUCAGCAAAUUCCUGUUGUCGUUUACUUUGUGAGUGAAACUUGAUCCGAGUAAGUUUAAAUUGUAUUAACCUUCUCGUCCUGUCUCCCCUCCCUUGUUACAGCUGAAAGGAAGAGAAAUCCCGGCUGAGGCUUAUCUGAUGAGUCGAGUGCGUCACCCAAACGUCAUCCAAAUCUACCAGCUCAUCUUCACAGAAGAACAUUACUGUUUUGUUAUGGAACGACCAGAAUCCUGCAAAGACUUUUUUUACGUCAUACAGGACCGUAACUCCGCAGGAAACCCACUGUCGGAAAAAGAAGUGAGACAGUACUUCACUCAGAUCUUGGAAGCUAACAUCACAUGCGAAGAAAAAGGUGUUAUACACCGCGAUAUCAAGCCUGAUAAUAUUUUGCUGGAUUUGAAAAAUGAUGAGGUGAAGUUGAUUGACUUUGGGUUGGCAUCUGAGAUACAAGAGGAGCCUUUUGAUAGCUUUAGAGGUAAGAACUGUUCCAUCAGAGAAAUCAGUUUUAAGUUGUCUCAACUCACCAUAACAAAGAUAAAUGACGCAUUCAAACAUCUAAGAUCUCAGAAAGAAGGCCAUCUCAGUAAAAGAUCUUGUAGGAAAAUGACCCUUAAUUUUUUCGAAGCAAGCUUCCUUAUUUUUGCUUGUCUUAUCUUUGCUGAUAUUCAUCAUCUUAAUUUUGCCUCCCAUAACAUUACAUAUUGUUCCAGUUAAGUCGUACUUUGCAUCACGUCACGUGACGGCAAGUUAGUGAGAGGAAAUGGAAGCUAGGAAUACGGUGCAGCCAGGAGCACGGGUAGUGGCCAGAACCUCCAGAAAUUUAUUUAAUUUCCUCUUCCUAUUCCUCUGGUAACUCUGAAUUUCAAAAACCGUCUGUUAAACAGGCUAAAUCUAAACAAAUAUUCAAUGAAAUUUGUUUUGUCGUUGUUCUUAAGUAAACUUACUAUCAAUAAUUUUCUUCUAGGUACGAAACACUACAUGCCCCCUGAAUUCAUGAAGACAGGUAAAUAUGACGGUUGCGAGGCAACUGUGUGGGCGAUGGGAAUCCUCUUGGUCGAUAUGUUGUCACCAGUUAUUUCAGCAUUUGAAAAACCACAACAUUGUCUAAGUAUGGAGCCCAGAAUACCUCGACACUUUUCAUCAGGUGUGUAACAGUUUAGUUUAGUGAACAUUUGUAAACACUGUCUUCAUCUGCGUUCAGUAUCAUAACCAGAAAAAAAUCUUGGUUAAUUUUAGUAUAACAGUCGGAAAGUUUCGCCCUCGAUUAUCGGUCACGGUGUAAAUGAAACUGUUGUUGGGUCAUUAUUGAUUAUCACCACUCAAGUUCUCUGAGGAUAGUUUCAGGAGCUACUUCGCCUUGACAUAAAUGAGCUGGCUCCAGUUAAUCAAUCAACUAAGGGGAGAAUCUUUAGGUUCCGAAUCAUUUCCCUUCAGUUCAGAGAGAUCACGGCCCUAAAGGUCGUUAAAGAUGAUGCAGGGACUUCGAGGGGAUUUUCGGAGAAAAUUUGGUUCAAAAGCAAUAAUCAUCUAUCUUUUCCUUUUUCAAACAGAGGUGAAGAACGUUGUUUAUAUGUUGUUGAAUCCCGAAGCAGAUCAGCGACCAACUCUUAAACAAGUUCUCCAGCAUCCGUGGUUCUCAAUGGAAGUCUAA